CGCUCACCGGCCUGCGCGUGCGGGACCGUUGCACCUCCGCCCGGGAUGGAGAAGGAUGUCUCUGAACCGGACCCGUCCUGCCUGCGGAACGGGGCGGGGGGUGUCCUGUACGGGGAGUUCACCGACUCUCAGAACGACAGCCUCCGCUACUCCGUAAGUCUGUCCGAGAGCGCGCUCACCAUCCAGCGGAUCUCCUCGUCCCCCGGCCGAACACGGGUGGUGUUUAACUUGACAGACUGUGUGGGCUGCCGCGCGCACCGAGCUCCGGACAGCGGGGAUGUGGGCGCGUACUUUACUGCCUAUUUCUACCCGUUCAAAAGGCGUUGGAUGAGCGCUGGAGUGGCGCGCCAGAGAGUGGAGCAGUGUUUUCGGGUCGCUCUGGUCCAGGACCCCAUCGCCAACCUCCAGGAGGCUGAGAGGUGGGCUCGUGCCAUCAGAGACGCCUCCGUGUUGCAGGCGCCGAGGAGAGCGGGUGCAGUGUACGCAGAGGUGAGGCGUCCAUGUCGGGUCAUGAUCCUGGUGAACCCGAACAGUGGGCGUGGCCAGGCCCUGCAGCUGUUCUCUGGGCACGUGCAGACCAUGCUGACCGAGGCGUCCGUCCCGUACAAACUGGUCAUCACAGAGGCAAAGAACCACGCUCGGGAGCUGGUGAGGAAGGUCGACCUGACGCAGUGGGACGCCCUGGUCAUCUUGUCCGGAGAUGGGCUCUUGUUUGAGGUGAUAAAUGGGCUGAUGGACCGCGAGGACUGGCAACAAGCCAUCCAGACCCCCCUCGGCAUCCUCCCGGGCGGCUCCGGCAACGCCCUGGCAGCCUCCGUCCACCACUACUCGCAGGCACCUCCAGCCUGGAACGAGGAGCUUCUUCUGAGCUGUGGCUUCAUGUUGUGUAAAGGUCUGGUGGGCUCCAUGGACCUCGUCUCCGUGCACCUCUCCUCCAGACAGCGUCUCUUCUCCUUCCUCUCCAUCGCCUGGGGAUUUGUGGCUGACGUCGACGUGGAAAGCGAAAAAUACCGCCACGUUGGACCUAUCCGAUUCCUCAUGGGCACUUUGGUCCGCCUUGCCACCUUACGAGUUUACCAAGGCAGGUUAGCGUACCUACCUGUCGACGAAACCUCCAAAAUUCAAAAAGGGAAUUCUUCACCUAUCAAGACUUCCGUUGAAACGCAAAGCGACGGCAAUACCAAAGCGCUAUUACUGGAUUCCUUACUUCCCAGUUUGGAUGAGCCGGUCCCAGAAAGUUGGACAGUUGUCAAAGAGGAAGACUUCGUUCUAGUUUUAGCAAUUUACCAAUCGCACCUGGCCGAAGACUUGUGGGCUGCACCGGGAGCGUUGCCGGAUGACGGUGCGAUUCAUUUGUUCUACGUGGUGGCCGGAAUCUCCCGCCCCGCCUUGCUCCGGUUGUUUUUGGCAAUGGAGAAAGGCGGACACCUGGAUUGCGGCUGUCCGUAUUUGGUGUACGAGAAGGUGAAGGCGUUCAGGCUAGAACCGUUAACGCCGCAGGGUAUGAUCGCGGUGGACGGGGAGACGGUGGAGUACGGGCCGCUCCAGGCGCAGGUUCAUCCGGGAAUAGCGAGACUCAUAAGCGGAUAG